AUGGAUGCUUCCAAACACGACGAACCGCCAUCAUUCACUUCCCAAACUCCCACGCCUCUUCCUCCCCCCAUCGACCCCUGGCCCGACCGUCUGAAUCAUUCAUCGAUGGCUGCGACUCCUUUGCCAACCUCUCCGUCCGCACGCUCCUCCUCGCGCCUGUCUCCAUCAGAUAUGCCCCCGCGUUCUGGUGCCGCCGCGCCGCAUUUGACCCCUCGACGCACCACUAGCUCCAGUUCCCUGCGAGAUGAGCGUCGAAAAUCUAUCCCCAGCCUAAAAAAACGUUCGUCUACUGCGUCGCUGCGAUCUAUUUACCCCAGUGCUGGCGGGUCCUCGUGUCCCAGUCUGUCGCGACGCUCCUCAUCUACAUUCGCGACCUCCCCGGCGACGACCACCACCCCCGCCACAAACACCCCCAACACGUCGCUCAAGAGACCCUCUCUACAUGCAGCAAUGGAACACCCAAUCCCCACGGCUGCUUCCAUUGCGGCGGACCAUUUCCAAAAGGAAGUGGAUUUGCAUCAGUCAGCCGACCUACGCUCCCAAACUCUGGUUGUCCUUCACGAUGCUUGCUAUGGACAUCGUUUCUCGCGUCCUCGGACCUCGCGAGCAGCCCUGAAUUCCAUAGUGGAAAGACCAGAGCGUAUCCAAGCUGGCGUCUUGGGCGUUUCUGCCGCGUACGUCCGGCUUACACGAAGAUACUCUGGGGGUCUCUUUGCCCCUCACCCUGACCUCAGCCUGGAACAUCUGCCUGUGCCCCCGUUUCAGAUUCGCAAAACGGCUCGGGUUAUGGCGCUCAACUCUCCCGCAGUCACGCAUGUACAUGGAACCAAGUGGAUGGACGAUCUAAAGAGCAUGUGCGACGGGGCGGAAUCGCGCCUUGCGUUGAACGGCAAAGAAUUGAUCAGACCUCGCAGCGCGGGCAAGGAUGGUGCCACCGCAGACGCGCCGCCGCUUCAUGAAGGUGAUCUCUAUUUAUGCUCGGAGUCUCUCAACGCGUUCGAGGGAGCUCUCGGGGGCGUCUGCGAAAGUAUCGAUGCUGUCUUCGGUCCAGGUUCUACGAAACGCGCGUUCGUGUGUAUCCGGCCACCAGGCCACCAUUGUUCGGCAGGUCAUCCAUCGGGAUUCUGCUGGAUUAACAAUGUUCAUGUGGGCAUCUCCUAUGCCGCCAUGUCGCAUGGCCUGACCCACGCCGCCAUUCUGGACUUUGAUCUGCAUCACGGUGAUGGCUCGCAGGAGAUUGCGUGGGAGCAGAACCAGAAGGCCACGACGGCUGCCCGAAAUGCAGCAAAUUACAAAAAGGCCGUGGUGGGAUACUUCAGUCUUCAUGAUAUAAAUUCCUAUCCCUGCGAAAUGGGUGACCCGGAGAAAGUGCGCAAUGCGAGUGUGUGCAUCGACGGGGCGCAUGGCCAGUCCACCUGGAACGUCCACUUGGAGCCGUGGAAGACGGACCUGGAAUUCUGGGAGCUUUACGCUACGAAAUACACGAUCCUUAUUGAGAAGGCACGUGCAUUCUUACGAACGCAUACGGAGCGUCUGCUCAACGCGCCCAACGGACCUCCGCCUAAAGCGGCCAUUUUCAUCUCCGCGGGAUUCGAUGCUAGUGAGUGGGAAGGCGCAGGCAUGCAAAGACACAAAGUCAACGUCCCCACCGACUUCUACGCCAGGUUUACGGCCGAUGUGGUCCGGAUGGCAGAGGAGGAAGGACUGGGAGUCGACGGACGCAUCGUCAGCGUCUUGGAAGGCGGAUACAGUAAUCGAGCUCUGACGAGUGGCGUCCUGAGUCAUUUGUCAGGACUGGGAGACUCAGCGUUUAACGCUGACAACACAGGCGAUAACCAGAUCAAUCGUUUGACUGCUGAAAUGGCAGAUCGCCUGGCGUUAUUUGAUCCCCCCCAGGACAAAGCACAAUACCCGAUACCUGAGGCCGCCUAUGAUGGUGAGUGGUGGUCACCAGCUGCCCUGGAAGAGCUCGAGGCUCUGGUAUAUCCGCCGGCAGCACCUCCCAAGGUUCGCGAGAAGUCUGCGCCAACUUAUUUUGCACCCACGCAGUCGUUUACCGCCAAAGUUGUUACUUAUCCUCGUGAUCGUAAGUCCAACGGCUCUCAGAUAAGCUUGGAACAUGAGGCUCCGCCCCUACCGCCGGUGGGUUGGGCGACCGCAACGCAUGAGCUUUCAAAGGUACUCGUUCCUGGCCAUCGCCAGACCACGAGUUGCCGACCAGAGGAUCUCAACGCCGAGGCUUCACGCUUGCGGCGAGAACGUUUGACGACUGCCGAUACCGCUCCCUCGACUGCACCCGAGGAAAGCCGCAUGAAGCUCCGGACAAGAAAACCCAAGUCGUCCCUGCCUAGCACCCCAAAUGCCGAGACCCCGAAACGACAGAUGCUUAAAGGUAACAGGCGAACUACGAUCGAUGCCACCAGUGACCUCCCAGGCCCGUCUCCUGAUGAGAAAUCACCAACCAUGCGCGCAACCCGCAGAAAAAGCGCCGCUUCAACCACUAUACCGACUUCGGACCCUGGUGUGGACCACGCAAAGAUCGAUUCAAACCAAAGACCAUCGUCACGGAUAGCGAAUGGUGGGCGGAAACAAAACCACUCGCGACCUACCACUCCAAAACGCUCAGUAAGCCCCAGGAAGGUGCCUCCUGUGCCCCGAGUUCCGUCAGGGUUUCUCCCGUCUGAGCCAGCUGGCGAUGGACCGUCGCGGUUGCCUGACGGGUCGCACCCACAGACAGAUAGUACAGAGGCUCUUGCAUCGGACGAUGUGGACAGUCUGGCCGCAGGUGUGCGGAAACUGAGCAUCAAGCUCAAAGUGCCGUCCCCUGAAGAGAACGUGGCCCGCGAAAACAAAAUGGCGGAAGAGCGCAAGAAGCGCUCAUCCAAGGCAGCAAUUAAGAUGCCCAAAUUGCCCAAGAAACCCUCCGGUGCCAAAGCAUCUACUUCUACGAGCAGGCCGUCGUCUCGGUCUUCAUCGACUCCUACGAGUUCUGGUCCCAGUACGGUUACGGUGCAAGCCAGGACGAGCAGUAUCACCAAAUCGGAGGAACAAGAAAGAGCACCUAGUUCGUCGCUUGAAACAUUGGAGACGUCUAGCAGCGCAGCUGGCGGGUUCGCAGUAGCCAGUCUUCACGACCGGCCUAGCGCGGCUCGCUCAGUGGAAGUAUUAAACCCGCCAUCAUCGCAGGCGCCCUUAGGCGGAACGGCUUCGUUGACACCGGAGUCCCUGCCCAGUACUGUCCAGCUCCGUACGUCGUUGUAUUCUCCGCCAACCUCCGCUGUCCUGAACAGGAAUGGACUUCCGGUCUUCACAUCUAACAGCCCGAUCCCAUUUGCACCAUCGAGUGCUGUUCAGCAGAGCGAGACUCGGACCCCCUCGGAGCUUGAUAAUUCUACUUUUGGCUCUGCAGAUUCGGAGCAGCCGAACGGUUUGGAACAAGUUACGAGUCAAACAAAUGGCGCUUUCCAAAUACCAUAA